AGGACCCGCAACCUGCUCCGCAUCGGGGUGAUCGAGAAGCCGCUGUGGUUCGAUGUCUACGCCGCCUUCCCCCCGCUGAGGGAGCCCGUCUACCGCGUGCCGCGGCCGCGCUACGGCAAGGUGAAGGAUGUCAUCGCUCCCAUCUUCUACCGGGAGGACGAAGUGAGAGCGAGAUUUUACAGAAUUUAUGGCAGUGGUCCAAGAGCUUUCGACCUGUCCCAAGCAAACUACAAAUCUACUUGCCAGAGGUUUGUCGAAAAAUUCUAUGAACUGAAAGAAGAAGGAAAAAUUGAAGAAGAAAAAUUGUUUGAAGAAACAGGAAAAGCCCUUUUAGCCAGUGGGGUCAUUUUACAGAGAAGAGGAACAGAGAGAGGAGCACAACAGGAUCAUCAGGACGUUGAAACCAGGGAUUCUGUAUUACACCUGCAGCUUCAGACUGUGUUGGAAGAGAUACAGGAAAAGAGGAAAGAUCGGGAGGAGCAGACACCAGAGUUGGCAGAAACACAGAAGGAAAAUCCCUCCUAA